AUCGCUACCAGCUUAUGGGAACAGAGACAGGAGAACAGAAUCUAGCACAAAGUGGAAGCAGUCACCUAUCAGUGCAAGUGACAGACACCAAAACGGGCACCAGGGAACAAAGGGGAGCAGCUGGUGGUCACGUUAGGCAUCCGCGAGAGGAAGGAGCUGCACAUGGCUGCAGGGCCGGGAGCUCAAAGGCCUUAGCUAGCUUCCACUCCAGAAGUCGCUCACGGACACAGACUUAAUUAUAGCAACUGACUUUCAGAUCCAGAGAAGAUGGGACUCAUCCUGGGGCCUGAUUUGCCACUGCCCUGCAUGUGCACACAGGAAUAGAAUGAGCCAGGGAGACUCAAAUCCAGCAGCAGUUCCACACGCUGCCGAAGAUAUCCAGGGGGAUGACAGAUGGAUGUCACAGCACAACAGAUUUGUCUUGGACUGCAAAGACAAGGAACCCGACGUGCUCUUUGUGGGUGACUCCAUGGUGCAGUUGCUACAGCAAUAUGAGAUAUGGCGAGAACUCUUCUCACCGCUUCAUGCACUGAAUUUUGGGAUUGGUGGAGACACAACAGGACACGUUCUGUGGAGACUGAAGAAUGGUGAACUGGAGAACAUUAAACCGAAGGUCAUUGUUGUUUGGGUUGGAACAAAUAAUCAUGAAAACACAGCAGAAGAAGUAGCAGGUGGAAUUGAGGCAAUUGUGCGUCUGAUAAAUACCCAGCAGCCACAGGCCAAAGUUAUCGUACUGGGCCUGCUACCUCGCGGAGAGAAGCCAAACCCUCUGCGGCAGAAGAAUGCCAAGGUGAACCAGCUGCUAAAAGCCUCACUCCCCAAACUGCCCAAUGUGCAGCUUCUGGAUGUAGACGUCGGCUUUGUGCACUCAGAUGGCACCAUCUCAUACCACGACAUGUUUGAUUUCCUGCACCUGACAGGAGGGGGCUAUGCAAAGAUCUGCAAACCCCUCCAUGAACUGAUCAUGCAGCUACUGGAGGAGACCCCUGAGGAGAAACGAGCUGCUCUGGCCUGAUUAGCUGAUAUCAGUGUUAACAUCAUGCAGCCCAUCAGAUCAGUUCUGUCACUGGCACUACAGAAUCCUUCUUUCUUAAAGCACUUUCCAUUGUAGAAUGUUACCGGAUGUUCGUAUCUAGUGUUUUGAGGGGGAAGGCUAAUGUUUAACUGGUCUUGUACCUACAAGGGCCGGCUUAGUUGGUUUUAUUGCAGGAGGAAAUUAGCUGAAGAAGAGUUUUACUUUUAAACCAUUCCUCAUUUAAAAUGAGAACAGGACUGUCACUUUGUGCCCCUCUCAUGUAUUGUUGCUCUGUGGUUGCCCUAGAACCUUUUUAGCCUGUCUCUGACAGCCCAUAAGCAGCUCCUGGCUCCCCCUUCUCGGCUGUGGGGAUUGUGCUCAGUGUAUUAGCCUGUGAACAAGAAUCACAUUCCACUUGCAAGAAGUCAGAACAGCUGCAUUUUCCUGAACGUGGUGCCACCUUUUAAAAUUUUAUUUGCUAGGGGUGUUUAAGUGACACUUGUUGCUUUCUUGCUCCUUGUUUCUGAAGCAGCAUGAAACUGGAAUUCAGAAAUGUAACAAAACAAACCGUUAACUGAGCUUCUGUAACGCUCUCAGGUGCUUGUUCAUGUGCUUAUUUCACCAUGCCUACUAGCUGGGGCACUCUUCAUUCCAUGUUGCUUUCUGUGUGGGCAGUCCCAUGCAGGUGUCGCUGACUGUCCUGUUCUCCGCUCCUGUCUGUGUGCGGUAUUGCUGGCUUUUAACAGUUGUUCAAUUUAGGAUUUUAAUUACCCAGUAAAUAUCACACAAGGCAGUUGCUUCCUCGCUACUGUAAAACUGACAUUUCAUUCCUUUGAGAUGCCUGUGCCACAGGGCUCUUUGCAGUGCUGUUUGUCGUUCAUUUUUUUUAAGUAUGACUGUUACAUCCUUUUUUCCUAAAGAAAAUCCAUAUGCGUAGCCCCUUUUUGCAAGGCCUAAAUCAGUCUGAAGCUUUACAGUUUCAAAGGUGUAUAUUUCUUUAUCGCUUUUGUUUUACUUGUAUAAACAUUUUAUUCAAGCAACUACAGCCUCUUAUGGUAAAAAGUGAAGUCAAGGUGUAGUCUUUUCCUGCCCUGGACACUGCCCCUCUCCUGUAGCCAAGGGAGCCAGUGUGGCAAGUGCCCUCCUACAGGGACUGCAGCUAGAUGGUUUUGUUGUUGGGGUUUUUCUUUUUCUUUUUCUUUCUUUUUUUUUUUAAAUGAGGGCUGAUUAUAGUCUACUAAUGAUAAUAUAAAAGCAACCUUUCAUUUAAAAGUGAAAGGUUAUCUUUUUGAAGAAGAAACUGUUUUGGACCCUAAAUGCAGAGCCCUAGAGGAAUAGAUGAAUAUACUUGCAAAUAAAAUAGUUUUAAACAAACUCUGUUCUUCCUUGACUUGCCUACCAGAGUUGGAGCUUGGCAGUGCUGCGCGAACACCGCAGUGUUUCGCACUAAAGGUAGCUGAUCAAGAGCUGCCAAUGCAGAUCUCUGCGCUUCUUUCAACGUAAGUGGAAUCUGCAGUCACGCAUGCUCAUCUUGGCAGGUAAAUUGGAGAGGAACUGAUGCAUUUUUAGCAGGCACUCCAUACCAUAUUCUUAAUGAGGGGUGUUUAGCUGUCCAGGUUGCUUGCUGUGCCCUACUGCAAUGAAAGUACAUAGGUACUGUAUAUAGUCUGUUUGCCCUUUUUUAUAAUAAAGGGUUCUGGUGUUUAAUGCCGUCUAUAAUCUAGCAUUAAGGAAUACUUUAAUGUCCCCACUACAUUCCCCUUUUCCUGUAGAUUUGAUCAUAGCAGGAUUUCUGCCUGGAUUGCAUGCAUAGUGUGUGUUUUGUUGCCAGUAUAUGUGAUCUACACACAGAUGAAGGAAGGAUGAAGCAUUCCACUUCCCACAAACAAAAAUGUAAGGUGUCUGAGUGCUUGUAGGAGAGAGGAGAGGUUAUGGUCCUCCAUCCCCAAGCCAGAUUAGGGAUGCACUGUGCCCGGAGGCUCUUCAGCCUGUGCGCUCUGUAGCUCCACUGCCUUGCAGAAUGGGCUUUAAGGGAAUGUUAUUCAGGCUUCUGACAGGAAAAGAGGCGCCCUGGAGAAGCUGGGGCAAGAAAGAAUGUAAAAAUAAAUGUUAAAAAGAGGCCAGAGUGGAGGAUGCUUGGUGAAAGGACUUAUCCUCGCUUAGGGAGAAGGGAUACAGCAGAUUCUGCUCCCUGUGAGCUUUUCAGGUUUCUAGGCUUUUGUAAAAAGGCAGUGUGCUAGUUUACCCUACACAUCCCUGCUUCUCUCCGUGUUGUCAGCAUAUUUGGUUAAAGAGAUGCUAACCAGGAAUGUAUUCUUCAAUAAAAAGCUCUAACUUCUUAACGAAACGCCCGUGCGAGUGAGGCUGUGUUCAGCUGUGAGUCAGUACCUCUUGGCAGGGUGCUGGGUGGAAUGAGAGAGGUUUGGCAGGUUUGUGAGUCUUCUGCAAUGCGACUGAGGACAGCUCUGCUGGGUCUCUCUGCUUAAGCUUGGCUUGCUAAGGUGCCACGCUCUGUGCUUGGUUCAGCGUUCGUGGCCCUCCUUCUCUCGUCUGCUACCGUAACCAUCUCUGAGACGUGCUGGCGCUGCAUAAGGAUGUCUUUCUCUCUGGGCUUUAGCUCUGCUUGUUGCUGCCUAGUAAGAAACUGUCCCACUCAAAAUGAGUGUUUUUUGUGAGCGGGCAAGGAGGGACCCUCCCUCCUUGCUGCACGAGUACUGAAAAGAUGAGUGCCUCAUCCCAAGAAGUGAAGAGAAGCUUUAGUUCCAGCUGUGGGCAACUGAUGUCUCUUGGGAUCGGGGCUGGGCUGGGCUGCCCCUGCCCAGCCAGCAUGAACUAUUUCAUUGUUGAUGGUUGCUGUGAAAGAACUGACCCUUUGGGGCUUUUUCCUUUUGUAAACGAGCCAGUUGCAUUUUGCAGUUCUGUGCUGAAGCCUGGAAACUUCUCUGUACUGUGGCCUGUGAGCACUGCCAGUUUCAUAUUUAUUGCAGCAAAGAAAAAGCAAAAGAAAAGAUGUGAAAGGACGGAGAGUCCAUCUCGUGUAGCUCGGGCCGGGGUGGGGGGGAACUGCACAUGCAGGAUGGGGACCUCUAAGGAGGAAAGCUUGCAGUGUGUGUGAAAACAGAUUGCAACCUCUCUCUGCAGUGACCUGCCUACCUGCUUGGAGGCGCUGCCCUGUUACUGGUCACUGACUUGAACCUUCUCCAGGAAAAAAUUGUGUUUCUGCUUUGGCAAAAAAUGCAUCGACUGGUAGAGCUCACUCUGUUUAGUGCAUAUUUCAAUAUAAAUGUAAAUGUUUCACCCCAAUAUGUUCCAAUGCGUGUGUGUGUGCGUGCAUAUGCACGUCUUUCAUUCGUUCCCUCUGUGUUGGUUACUUGUUUUGUUUCAUUUCUGCUGGUGGGUCCGUUGAAGUAUGUGGUGGAAAGUACUGCCUAAUGAAUAGAAAUUGCUACUGCCUGAAACAGGGAGAGCAAAGGUGGCAGCUGCCAGGCCAGAAGCUUUCACCAGGUAAAUGCAGGCAGCAUUCCCUCCCAGGAGUAUUUGAAUUCAUGCUCAUUUGCAUCCUCACUUCUCAUUUAAUACUGUUCUUAGUCUGUUUUUUUGCUGUUGUUUUGGGGUUUUUUUUUUCCCCUCUCUCCUUUAUCCGUUGAUUUAAAGCCAUGCGGAGUUUAGGUUCUGUGCCCAAAGCUCUAAACAGUGUUUUGCAGGUAAAAGCUAACUGGUUUUUGGCCCUAGACAGGCUAUUGGCUUGGCUUAUUCAGUGUUUUAUUUUGUAAUAGCCCUGCGAUGAAUAGGGAAUACUCGUGAUUACAAAAUCAACCUUAAAGUCAUUCCAGAGGAGGCAACGCGUGAGUUUGCACAGAAGCCCAGGAGUUAGUUGGUGUUCUGCAUCUAGCUCCUGCAUGGACUUCUGUCUGUCCCUGAGCAAAUCUUUUGAUCUGCUGUCAGUGUCACCACCUGUAAACUGGUAACGAUGUGCAGACUCUGUGUCUGAAAAGUGCUUUGAGAUCCUCAGUGAGAGGACCUAUAGAAAUAAAGUGCACAAUAGCAGCGA